UAAAGCCAGAAAGAAUCACUUGUUUAUAGCCUUGUGUAUUGAAAAGUUUCGCGGCUUUCGUUUCAAAGCACAGUAAACGAAUAUUUAUCCAGUUAUCAGUUACAUUUUCCAGGAGUGCACCAAUGUUGUUCUAUAAACUUAUUAUUCUUUAGGGUGAACGCAACUGCAGACAAACUCGCCAAAAUGAUCAUUUGUAAUGUAAUCAUUUUGAUAUUUAUAUCAUUAUUGAUAGCAUCUGGUGAAUCAGACUUUCAGAAACCUUUAGACCCGUUAACACUACUUAGGUACGAAAAACGGGCAGAAGAAGAACAACAAUCGUCAAAUGACGAGACAAGUCAAGAAGUCGAAUUCGACGAAUACCCAGUAGUUGUUCCAAAACGAACAGCUCUACUACUGGACAGACUGAUGGUAGCAUUACAAAAAGCAGUAGACGGAAACGCUUCUGGAAAUAUGAAAGGGUACUAUCCAGAGCGAACGAUUCCAAUAGUCGGUGGAGUAACUAGACCCAGUCCUGGUAUGGAAUUGCAACGAAGAAACCAACAAAAAGGACGGCUCUAUUGGAGGUGUUAUUUUAACGCAGUUUCCUGUUUUAAAAAAAAGAAAUAGAUUAAGAUGAACAUUAUUUACAUAUUGUUUUAAAUCAGUUAAUAUUAUUAUACGACAUCACAUCUAUA